AUGCCCCGUCCGAGGAAUCACUACGACCCCGAAACACACCCUAAGAAGCCGGCUCCAGCUGCAGGGCGCCGCAACCGACGGCGGCCUGUUAAAAAGGAGCGCGCAUUGCCCGACAGGAACUCACAGGAUUGGGGAGAAGCAAACAAAGAACCUGGUAAGGCGUGGGGAGAGGGUGGCAAUGCAUGGGCAGAGGCCGGCCCCACAGGGUGGGGGGAGGGGGGAUGGGCAGGGGUCGAAUCAGGUGCUUGGGGAUUAGAAGGCGACGAUGACUGGGCGCUCGAGGCAUAUACAACCAGUAAGAUUGAAAUCUGGCGUAAGCAGGUGGAGGUUUGUCCCCGCCACGAGCUCGUGCGCACCCCAUCAGCCACGAGCGAAGAACCAGCUACUAUCGAUGAAUCCUUAUUGGGACCAACAUCUUCAUCACACACUAUUGCCCCUAAAUUCUAUCGAUGGGCACUGAACUUCUUGAACCAAGAAAAGGUUUCUGCCGAUCGAAAGCGGAAAGCUCUGGCUUUCCUAAAGCGGUCGCGCCAACAACAGUUAGAGUGCAUACGCCGCUUGAUUGAAGAAAUCCGGGAGCUGUCCUAA